CUCAUGAUGAUUUGUUUUCUCUUUACUAACACCCAAAUCUUAAUACUUCUUUCUUGAGAGACCUUGACCUCUUUAUCUAUAUGUCUGUAUGUAUGUGUCAUCUUCAUGACUGUCUUUUUACAAAAGCAUCAAACCAGCUUCUUGGAUCUCUCUCCGUUCCAGUUUCUCUCUCUUUCUCUCUUUCUCUCUGUGUGUGUUUUUUUCACAUUUCAACUUCUCUUCUUUAGCAAUGCACAUACCCUAAAUAUGUGACAUUCUGUAAAGCCAAAAACUUGGCGUAGCUUUACAAACAUGGCAACAACAAGCGAGAGUAAUGGGUGUUUGGAUGUUGAUGAAGUGGAUGAGGAUUCGAUUCUACUCUCUCUUAGCCCUCCAGGACAAACCCAACACCAUGACUUAUCCAAAUACCACAACUCUCAUCACCAACAUCAUCACUCAAAUAUCUCAUCCUCCUCACACUACUCCUUUCACCGAAACCCUAUUAAAGAUCUUAACCUCAAACUAAAUCUCAAUAACAGGACUACCGAUAGCUGCGACGAUGGUGUAACAGUCGCACUUCACAUGGGUCAACCACCAACUGCGUCAUCAGUAGGAGGAGACGCCAGAAGCUUCUCCACUAAUCCUAACAUGAGCAUAUCAGUUGAUCAUUUACAGUAUUGGAUCCCCACAACAGCACAAAUCAUGGUUGGCCCUACACAGUUUUCUUGCACAGUUUGCAACAAGACAUUCAACCGCUACAACAACAUGCAGAUGCAUAUGUGGGGGCAUGGAUCACAAUACAGAAAAGGUCCUGAAUCCUUAAGAGGCACAAAACCUGCAUCAUCAAUGCUGAGAUUACCUUGUUACUGUUGUGCGGAGGGUUGCAAAAACAACAUAGACCACCCUAGAUCGAAGCCACUCAAAGACUUCAGGACUCUUCAAACGCACUACAAAAGAAAGCAUGGUGAGAAGCCCUUUGGGUGUCGAAAAUGCGGGAAGCCUUUUGCAGUAAGAGGUGAUUGGAGGACUCACGAGAAGAAUUGUGGGAAGUUAUGGUAUUGUGUUUGUGGAUCGGAUUUUAAGCACAAAAGAUCUCUUAAAGAUCAUGUUCAUGCCUUUGGAAAUGGUCAUGCACCUCAUUACAUUAAUUCUGAAGACUUGAUUGAGGUAGAUGACAACGAAAUUGUUGAUGAAGAAGACAAGAGAAGUAGUAAUGCAGACCAUGAUGGUAGCUUUCUAAAAUUUCCAUGAUUUACUAACUCAACUUCUCUAUGUAAACAGAUUAGUGACAGUUUAUUUCCAAAUUGCUUUUUAAUUACGCACACAUGCAUUGCUCCUAUUAUAUGAUAUCAGUGAGAAAUGCAUGCUAGAACAAUUUUGGAAAGCUUUUGUAAGGAUUCAUAUGUUUUCAUAUUAGAG